GAUUAGACUGACAUUUAUUUUGACAGUCAAUAAUUUGGUGGCGAUAGGUGAAUACGCGUUCUAAUUUAUUUUAUAUUUACUUCAUACGGAAAAUAAAUAAUAAUCUUAAAUCAACAUGUCUUUAGAGACAAGGAUAGACAUUACCCAGCCGUUAUGGGACCAGAGCACAUUCCUCGGAAGGUUCCGGCACUUUGCAUUCAUAUCAAACCCACUGCUGUCACUGGCUUCAGAGAAAGAGUUGUAUGAAGCUAAGGAUCUGUACUUAAAAUACAAAGCAGGCCAAGAGCCAUCCGGUACUCAUCUGGAUCAAGUGAUAAGGGCAAAGCAGUUGUAUGAAUCAGCAUUCCAUCCCGAUAGUGGGGAGCUACAGAAUGUGUUUGGCAGGAUGUCGUUCCAGAUGCCAGGUGGUUGUCUCAUCACUGGUGCCAUGUUACAGUGGUACAGAACAGCAACAGCGGUAGUAUUCUGGCAGUGGGUGAACCAGUCCUUUAACGCGUUGGUGAACUACACCAACCGCAACGCGAACUCCCCUCUCACUACCACGCAGAUGGGGGUCGCGUACGUCUCGGCCACGUCAGCCGCGAUGACCACGGCCAUGAUCUUCAAAUACGGUGUGCAGAAACGCGCCACCAAUCCUAUUCUCGCUAGAUUUGUGCCGUUCGUCGCCGUGGCGGCCGCUAACUGGGUCAACAUUCCUUUGAUGAGGCAGAACGAAAUCAUACUUGGUUUGGAUGUCACGGACGAGGAUGGUAAAGUGAUCGGCAAGUCACAAAUCGCUCCUGUUAAAGGAAUAUCUCAAGUCGUCACAUCUAGGAUCGUGAUGUGUGCGCCGGGCAUGUUGCUGCUGCCGUUUAUCAUGGAGCGGCUCGAGCCGCGGCCGUGGAUGCAGCGCAUCAAGUGGGCGCACAUCGGCAUACAGACCGCCAUCGUCGGCAUGUUUCUCACUUUCAUGGUGCCGACUGCUUGCGCGAUAUUCCCACAAAAAUGCAAACUCUCAAUAGACACAAUCAAGCGUCUCGAGAAAGAUAAAUACGAUGAAAUAGUCAAAAACACUGACGGAAAACCGCCACAAUACGUGUAUUUUAACAAGGGUUUGUAAGAAACUAAUAAAUAAGUAGUGCAGGUUCGUUGUAGGUAAUCAAGAAUCAAUUAACUAGUGAUUAAGUUUUUGAACGAUAUCAUGCGGCAGUUAAAUUCAGUAUUUUUUUAAUUUGUUAUUGUUAAUAAAAAUACUUGCAAAUUGUACUCACGUUAUUGUAUUAGUUGUCGAUUUUUUUUCGCGAUGUCGAUAUUUUUUGCAUUUAUAAAAAAACAACGCUCAGUUAACUUUUAACUACAUUAUAUUGUCAAACGAAGAUAUACUUAAUUUUAUUUUCAUUCGAUAUAAUAAUAUGCUGUUAUAGUUACUAUAUUAAAUAUAUUGUAUUAAUAAGUUUCUACUUAAACCUAAAACGACAAUAAAUUAUUAAAAAACGUCCUCGUUCCUGACAGGGUAGGCAGAGAAUAUAAAGAAUAAGUGUGUGUUGUUUAAUGUAAAAGUUACAGGACUCGGAUAUUAUUAUGGGGGACCACGACUACAAAUACAAUAAAAUUGCCUUAAUAUAUUGACUCCCUGUUUAAAAAUGUAAUAAGUAUAUAAUUUGCGUGUUUUUAAUUGUUUUGAAAUACUAUUUUGUUAUUGUUAUUUUUUUAUAAAAUUUUCGAAUGGAUCGGAUCUGUAGCGUUUUGGAUUGUUUUAUUAUUUUUUUAAUUAAUUUUGUAACACUAUUUUUGGAUUGUAUUAUUGAUUUUAGUAUGUGAAACGAAUUCACCUCAUUAAGAUUAAAAUAAUAACAUUCCGUUAAAAUUAUACUUCGUAGACACAUUAGUGUCAAGAUCAUCGAAAUAAUUUUGUAGGUAUUUUAGAAAAAGGAUUUACACUGCAAGCUAUUAUAAUAGUAAUUUGUAAAGCCAUUUGAUAAAUAGUUCACAAACUUGUUCGCUUUUUUAAACUUUUUUAGUUAGUAUUCAUUCAACACAUAGAGAAAUAGAUUAAGUUUUUCCCGAGCCAUAACCUUACAAAAUUAAUUAUCCUUUAGAAAGGACAGCACUAGAUUUGCAACCAUGGCUUCAUAAUUUAUGGCUCAUUUUUGUGUGAACAGAUUUUAGAACGUGGUCAAAUAUCUCAGGAUAAUAUAAAGUCUAUUUCGCUAUGUGUAUGGCUUGCAAUAUAUUUCACUUGAAACUUAAACGCAUUAAAUCUACAGAAUCUCGCCAACAAAUAAAUUUUCUUUAAUGAUCGAAGCCUAGGCAUACGAUCUGCUCUGCCCGAAACUUCUUAGCCGUUAAUAAAAAGUCACAUGUUAAUUAAGUCUGAAUGCGGCCCUGGUUGAAUUUUAUAAUGCUUUAUAAUUAUUUUUUUAACUAUACAUUUUUUCUAAUAUGAAUAAAAAUAUCUAUCGUAUGUUUUAUCUUUACUAAUUGAACUCUAGUCUUAUUUUGCUUUUUUUCAUGCUUUACUAACAUAAGCUUUAUUAAUCGUUUUUUAAUUGUAUUUAAUUAUUAUCUGAUAAGCGAAGACGGGUUAAGUUAUUAUAUUUUUUGAUGCUAAAAUGUAUUCGAAUCAAACCUUUUUUCUUAUUAUUUUAGUAUUAUGUGUGUACUUAAUAUUGUAUUUUUCGAACAAAAUUUUGAAUAUUUUCUUCAUAUAACAAAUUACUGUAUUUUUUUUGUUUGGUUCACAAACUUGUAUAAGACAUAUUGCUAGAUUUCUAAAGGGUGUUAAAGAAAUUAUUGUUAGAUAUGUUUAAUUACCCUUGAAAGCUAGCAUUUAUAGCAGAAAAUGCAUUUUCUAUAUAUAAUAAGUUGCAUUUUAACUAUCGCUUUAUGGCUUGUGCAGUUCUACCGCAUAGAUCAAGGUGAAAGCAAUGAGUUUGUUAUACGAUGUAAUUGUUAAUUUGUGUAUACGUUGCGAAGCUCAGACAAUAAAGUAUUAGAUAUUA